UUUAGUACCAGCUGAACAUAACAGUGUUGUCUUUUUCCUCCUGGAAUCAGGGACAAUCCAGAGGCCACACAGCAAAUGAAUGAUUUAAUCAUUGGGAAGGUUUCUGCAGCUCUGAAGGGACACUGGGCAAAUCCAGACUUGGCCAGCAGCCUGCAGUACGAGAUGCUGCUGCUGACAGACUCCAUCUCCAAGGAGGACAGCUGCUGGGAGCUGCGCCUGCGCUGCGCUCUCAGCCUCUUCCUGAUGGCAGUGAACAUCAAGACCCCGGUGGUUGUUGAGAACAUCACCCUCAUGUGCCUGCGCAUCCUGCAGAAGCUCAUCAAGCCACCUGCUCCAACCAGCAAGAAAAACAAGGAUGUGCCCAUGGAUGCUCUCACCACUGUGAAGCCUUACAGCAAUGAAAUCCAUGCACAGGCUCAGCUGUGGCUCAAGAGGGACCCCAAGGCAUCCUAUGAAGCUUGGAAGAAGUGCCUCCCUGCCAGAGGUGCAGAUGCCAACGGGAAAACUCCCAGCAAAGCUGAGCUUCACCAGCUCUACUUGUCAGAAAAAUACGUCUGGAAGUGGAAGCAGUUCAUGAGCCGCCGUGGGAAGAGAACUUGUCCUCUGGAUCUCAAGCUGGGACACAACAAUUGGCUGAGACAGGUGCUGUUCACUCCUGCCACCCAGGCUGCCCGGCAGGCUGCCUGCACCAUCGUGGAGGCCCUGGCCACCAUCCCCAGCAGGAAGCAGCAGGUCCUGGAUCUCCUCACCAGCUACCUGGAUGAGCUGAGCAUUGCUGGUGAAUGUGCUGCUGAGUACCUGGCCCUGUACCAGAAGCUCAUCAAACCUGCCCACUGGAAGGUCUACCUGGCAGCCAGAGGGGUUCUGCCCUACAUUGGCAGCCUCAUCACCAAGGAAAUAGCUCGUUUGCUGGCCUUGGAGGAAGCCACUCUGAGCACGGAUUUGCAGCAGGGAUAUGCCCUGAAGAGCCUCACAGGUCUCCUCUCUUCCUUUGUGGAGGUGGAGUCCAUCAAGAGGCACUUCAAGAGCCGCCUGGUGGGCACGGUGCUCAACGGGUACCUGUGCCUGAGGAAGCUGGUGGUGCAGAGGACAAAGCUGAUUGAUGAGACCCAGGACAUGCUGCUGGAGAUGCUGGAGGACAUGACAACAGGCACAGAGUCAGAGACCAAGGCGUUCAUGGCAGUGUGCAUAGAGACUGCCAAGCGCUACAGCCUCGACGACUACAGGACCCCAGUGUUCAUCUUUGAGAGGCUCUGCAGCAUCAUCUACCCUGAGGAGAAUGAAGUCACUGAGUUCUUUGUCACCCUGGAGAAAGAUCCCCAGCAGGAAGAUUUCCUGCAGGGCAGGAUGCCAGGGAAUCCCUACAGCAGUAACGAGCCUGGCAUCGGGCCCCUCAUGAGGGACAUCAAGAACAAGAUCUGCCAGGACUGUGACCUGGUGGCUCUGCUGGAGGAUGACAGUGGCAUGGAGCUGUUGGUGAACAACAAGAUCAUCAGUCUGGAUCUGCCUGUGGCUGAGGUCUACAAGAAGGUGUGGUGUCCCACAAACGAGGGGGAGCCCAUGAGGAUCAUUUACCGCAUGCGGGGCUUGCUGGGAGAUGCCACGGAGGAAUUCAUCGAGUCCCUCGACUCCACCACUGAUGAGGAGGAGGAUGAGGAAGAGGUGUAUAAGAUGGCAGGGGUGAUGGCCCCAUGUGGAGGCCUGGAGUGCAUGCUCAACAGACUGACUGGCAUCAAGGACUUCAAACAGGGCCGGCACCUCUUAACUGUGCUGUUAAAACUCUUCAGUUACUGUGUGAAGGUGAAAAUCAACCGGCAGCAGCUGGUCAAGCCAGAGAUGAACACUUUGAAUGUCAUGCUGGGGACUCUCAACUUGGCUCUGGUGGCUGAGCAGGAGAGCAAGGACAGCGGGGGAGCAGCAGUGGCAGAGCAGGUGCUCAGCAUCAUGGAGAUCAUUCUGGAUGAAUCCAACGCGGAGCCCCUGAGCGAGGACAAGGGCAACCUCCUCCUGACAGGGGACAAGGACCAGCUGGUGAUGCUGCUGGACCAGAUCAACAGCACCUUUGUGCGCUCCAACCUGAGCGUGCUGCAGGGGCUGCUGCGCAUCAUCCCCUACCUGAGCUUCGGCGAGAUGGAGAAGAUGCAGAUCCUGGUGGAUCGCUUCAAGCCCUACUGCAACUUUGAUAAGUAUGAUGAGGAGCACAGUGGAGAUGAUAAAGUCUUCCUGGACUGCUUCUGUAAAAUAGCAGCAGGAAUAAAGAACAACAGCAACGGCCAUCAGCUGAAAGAUCUCAUCCUGCAGAAGGGGAUUACACAGAAUGCCCUGGAUUACAUGAAAAAGCACAUUCCAAGUGCAAAGAAUUUGGAUGCAGACAUAUGGAAGAGGUUCUUAUCUCGACCUGCACUUCCUUUUAUCCUGCGCCUGCUCCGAGGCCUCGCGACGCAGCACCCUGCAACACAGGUGCUAAUAGGAACAGACUCCAUCUCCAACCUGCACAAACUGGAGCAGGUGUCGAGUGAUGAAGGCAUUGGGACGUUGGCAGAGAACCUCCUGGAGGCUCUGAGGGAGCACCCCGAGGUGAACAAGAAGAUCGACGCCGCGCGGAAGGAGACGCGCGCCGAGAAGAAGAGGAUGGCCAUGGCCAUGAGGCAGAAGGCCCUGGGCACCCUGGGCAUGACGACAAAUGAGAAGGGCCAGGUGGUGACCAAGACUGCGCUGCUUAAACAGAUGGAGGAGCUGAUAGAGGAGCCAGGACUGACCUGCUGCAUCUGCCGGGAGGGAUACAAGUUCCAGCCCACCAAGGUGCUGGGGAUUUACACCUUCACCAAGCGCGUGGCGCUCGAGGAGUUUGAGAACAAGCCCCGCAAGCAGCAGGGCUACAGCACCGUGUCCCACUUCAACAUUGUGCACUAUGACUGCCACCUGGCAGCUGUCAGGCUCGCUCGGGGCCGCGAGGAGUGGGAGAGUGCAGCCCUGCAGAAUGCCAACACCAAGUGCAAUGGGCUCCUGCCAGUGUGGGGGCCCCACGUGCCAGAGUCUGCUUUUGCCACGUGCUUGGCACGGCACAACACGUACCUGCAGGAGUGCACGGGGCAGAGGGAGCCCACGUACCAGCUGAACGUGCACGACAUCAAGCUGCUGUUCCUGCGCUUCGCCAUGGAGCAGUCGUUCAGCAUCGACACCGGGGGCGGCGGCCGCGAGAGCAACAUCCACCUCAUCCCCUACAUCAUCCACACCGUGCUCUACGUGCUCAACACGUCAGUGCCACCCCUGCCACCCUCCCCCAGCUCUGCACGGGCCAGCACAGAUGGGAAAUCACAUCCAGUUUUGGGAGGGUUGCGCAUCCUGAGCGGGUUGUUAAGGAUUUGCAUUGUUGGGAGUGAAGCCUGGACAUGCCGGAUAACAGGGAACCUAUUGAUGAUAACUGGCCUGCUUUCCCUCCCCAGGCUGACAGACAAGGCAGUGAAGGAAUACGCCACGUACCGCUCGGGGCUGCUCUUCUGGGCCCUCGUGGAUCUCAUCUACAACAUGUUCAAGAAGGUGCCUACCAGUAACACAGAGGGAGGCUGGUCCUUCUCUCUGGCUGAGUUCAUCAGACACAACGACAUGCCCAUCCACGAGGCUGCAGACAAGGCCCUGAAAACCUUCCAGGAGGAGUUCAUGCCAGUGGAAACGUUUUCUGAGUUUUUGGAUGUGGCUGGACUCUUGUCAGAAAUCAAUGACCCCGACAGCUUCCUGCAGGACCUCCUGAACUCCAUCCCCUGAGCUGCCAGCACGGAGAAGCUUUGGGCACUGCUUGCCUUCCACCCUCUGUGUCCCUCCUCGUGCAGUCUGUCCCUUUCCCAAGGAGUGCUGCAGUUUUUUGUUGGAAUAUUUUUUGUUUUGUUUUCCUUUUUUUUUUGUUUUGUUUUGUUUUUUAUUUUCUACAAUUUUUUCUUCAUGGAGUGAUUUGAAAUUUAGAUUUGUUUUAUCUUGUGUUUCAGCGCUUCUAUCUGUAAAGCCUUGUGCAUUCAAAGCUGUUUGAAAGAACUUGUACAGAGAGGAAUCCAAACCAGUAAAUCCUAAUGCUUUAGUGUGCACCUCUUUGAAGUUAAAUAAACAGAACAAAUGGGUAA